UGUUCACUAAAAAAUCUACAAACAUUUUCAACACGCACGUUCCUGCGUGUGUGCCGGGCGCGCUCCUUUCACAUGCACUCCAAUACAGUCGGCACCAUCAAAGGGCUUUACGUCAAACCAAGCAAGUAGAAGAAGAGGAAGAGGAGGAGGAAGAAGAAGUGUGUUUUGGAAUAAAGACAGAUUUUAUGGCACGACAACCAGGUUCUCUGCUCCGACCGAGACAGGUCAUACGUGGAUCUUUUUCUGGCUAGAAGGACGCAUGAGCUGUGUUGGUAAAUGUCAAUUCGGUCCCAAAUAAAACAUGGACGCGCCGUCUAUCGCCACACCAGUUUUAUCGAGUGCGCUGAAGCGGUGCUGAUCCUGUGGCAGACGUCAGUCCGCCUUGUGCCACUGUGACAGAUUAAAUCAUCGGGUGAAAUGAAAAGGCAGCCUCCAUCACUGCUCGCCUUAUCGGCUCUUAUGCUCUGCACAUUACACCAGACCGAACCUGCUUGGUCCGGCACAUUUCAUGGCAGCAGAUCGGCACCAGCAUCAUCAUCAUCAUCACCAUCAUCGACAACAUCAUCCUCCACAGCGUCCCCAUCAGAGGUGAUGAGAGGCAGGGAUAAUGUGGAGACACUCAAACAGAAACAGACUAACAUCAGCACUAACUAUGGCAAUCAGAGCCAGAAAAGUGGGGUAUCGUCUUCGAAGCUGGAGGCUGGGACAGCUCAGGUGAACACUUUCUCUUUCAACACCAGCAGAGAGAACAUAAGCACUGUUAUGUCUGACUGGGCACCCGGCCGGAGCUCAAAGGAAGAGGCGUCAUCACACUGUGCCUACAGAGUCUUUGAGGGAGGCAUUGGAGGGCAGCUGUGUUUUCGCAACACGCUGCUCGGGUACAAGUGUGAAAAACCGGACUGCAGGACAGUGGUAUCUUUGGGGAAUCUGUUGGCCAACAUACUCAUCAAUGGCAGUGUACUGUUACAGUGGAGCCAAGAAGGUGAAUCCAUAAUGGCUGACCAAGGAAAAACAUUGAAGACAGCAGCUAACAGCAGACGUGGAGGCUACGAGUUAAGCUGCUGGUGGAAUGGCAGUUACACUCAGUUUGAAUGUGCUGGGGUCCAUCUUGGAUCCAGCUGCAGCGACUUUCUCCUGACCGAUCUGCAUGAAAACAUUCCCUACCGACUCUGCCUGCGGUCCCUGUCCCGCUCCAAUCUGGCUCAGAGUGCAGAUCAGCGGGACUGUAUCGAGUUUACCCUACCACCGUCUGGGAUGCAGGACAUUGUUAUUGCCAUGACAACCGUGGGGGGAGCUAUCUGUGUGAUGCUGGUCAUCAUCUGCCUACUGGUGGCGUACAUCACAGAAAACAUCAUGACUCCCACAACUCAGCACACAUAUUCAUAUCGCACUCAUUCAUGUCACUGAUGGUCUGCUAAAAAAAGAAUACACUGACCUACAUGAAAUCACAGCAGUUGCUCAUUGUCCAAAUUACUUUAUACUUUAUAACAGCGACAUUUUUGACUAACCAGAAGCACAAUCUACUGUGGAUCUGAAGAAAAUAUGCCUUUAAAAUCUCUUUGAGAAUGCACUGAACCAAAAGUAACGACAAAAUAACAUUUAUUGAAUACUAAAGUUGACUGUGUUAAAGGUUGUCUCUGACAGAGCCUGUCAGUAUGUGUGCUGGCAACAUUUAUACAGCAAUACAAUUCAGUAAACGGCUUUGAAGAGAUCGCAAACAGCUGUUUGGUAAAAUUAAAAAAUCCGCCUUAGUCUUGUUUCGUUUCAAGUCUGCUAUCAGUAUGUACUUGUACCAUUUGUGGAGGACAAUACAAUGUGUUGUAGAGAGUCUCUAGAUGCUUUGCCAAACAUCUUGAAUAAGAAUGCAUUUAUGUCCUGCUGUCAGUGAAUAAAGUACCAUGAGCUCAUUUUUAAUACCGAGCAUCUGUCAUUGUUUUUCUGUAUGUUAUAAAAGGGCCAGAUCCUUUUUAUUUAUUUUUUUAUGUUAUUUUGCUUAAGUUUCCACAGCAAUGUAGAUAUUUACUGGCAUGUCAACAAAUGGGGGUGGUGGGUCCUAAUAACAUCCACAGCUGUAACAAGCACAAUCAAGUAUGCUAUUUGAAGUAGUCCAAGCCCAUGUGACUCCCAUCAUUUCAAGGAGCCUAAUGCAAUUCUUCCUAAGAGCUUGAGUUCACACACUGAGCCCCUAAAAUGUGGGACAUCUAAUGAGGUCAUAGAGUAAUGAUAAUUAGAUUAGUCUAGACUAUAAAAAGAAAUAUGUGGAAUUAUAAGUUGUAUCUUCUUCUUUAUUUACUUUGCUACAUGUGUAUAAGAAACACGUGUUCAAUGACUACAGCAU